AUGAUUCAGAAGCCUUCUCCAGCAGAAGGUCCAGUUGGUUCUGGAUCGAAUGAUACUGGCUGGGCUCGUCCUAAUAGAACUGGGAAUGGGAAAGCUAAAGUCCCAGUUGCUUGUGAUUCUUUAAGGAACUCCUAUAGUGCUUUGCCAGAGUUUCAGAAGACUCUUUCGGAACAGAUCUGUACCACUAAUCCUAAUGGAAUUUUGCAACAUCCUAUCUUGGAAUUGUUUGAUAGCACGGAUCGUUUGGGUGGGAGGCCUAUAUCAGGGAAGGAAAUGGAGGAUGCUCAAGCUUGGUUGGCUCUCGGUUUGGUUGAAGAAAUGAAGGUUAUGGGACCUUAUUUUACGUGGUCUAACAACCAAGAUGAUGGGCAUCGCAUUUAUUCUAAAUUGGAUAGAAUUUUCUGUAAUGAGGCUUGGGUGGAUAUGUUCCCUUUAGCUUCAGCUUUUUCCCAAUGGGAGGUGGUAUCUGAUCAUAGUACUUUGCUUAUCAAACAAGUUGAAGUCAGGAAUUUGGGGAUUCAGCCAUUUCGUUACUUUAAUAUGUGGGCUUCUCAUCAUCGAUUCAGAGAGAUUGUGUUAGAUAGCUGGACUAAGCCUAUCUGUUCUAGGGGUGAUUUUUUGUCGAGCAAUGAUUCUUUGGUCUUGGCUGAAAGAGAAGCUUAUUUGGAUUAUAGAAGACAUGAGAAAGUUUAUGAGAGUUUUAUUCGACAAAAGAGUAAGAUUACUUGGCUUCGCUUUGGGGAUGACAAUACGACUUUUUUCCAUGCCAGUUUGAAGAAAAGGAAGUUGUCUAAUCGCAUAGUUUCUUAUAUAUCAGCUUAUGGGUCUGUUGUUGAUGAUUACGAGCAGGUUAUUCACCAUUUCCUUCAUCAUUUUCAGAGCUACUUGGGUUGUUCGGGUAGAGCUAAUGGUCACAUUGAUAUGCAAAGUAUCUCUUAUGGCCCGGUUUUAGAUAUGGCUUCCCAAUUGGACCUAAUUAAGCCAUUCACUACUCAUGAUGUUAAAAUGGCCCUCUCUAGCAUUCAUCCUGUUAAAAGUCCAGGCCCAGAUGGGUACGGGGCUGGUUUUUUCAAGGUGGACCAGCCUUCUACUGCUGCUGACUUUAGGCCAAUAGCUUGCUGCACUACCAUCUAUAAAUGCAUAUCUAAGAUGCUCUGCAGCAGGCUUGCUGCAAUCCUUCCUUCUUUGAUUAAUUCUAAUCAAGGUGCGUUUAUAAAGCAUAGAACUCUUGCCUAUAAUGUUCUCAUAUUUCAAGAUUUGAUAAAGGGAUAUAAUAGGAAAAAUAGCUCUCCUAGAUGUGCUAUGAAGAUUGACCUUAGUAAAGCUUAUGAUUCAAUUGAUUGGGACUUCUUGGAGAAUUUGCUAAAAGCUCUUUGCUUUCCUAGUAAAUUUAUCCGUUGGAUCAUGAUUUGCUUGAGAGGUACCUCUUACUCGUUACUGUUAAAUGGUAGAAUCCAAGGGCAAUUUCAGGGAGGUAAAGGGCUGAGGCAAGGGGAUCCUAUUUCUCCUUUGCUCUUUGUCAUUGUGAUGGAUUACCUUACUCGAAUGUUAAUCAAAGCUUCCAAGGAUAAAGGAUUCAGAUUUCAUCCUAUGUGCAAAUCUCUCAAUCUUGUUAAUCUUUGCUUUGCAAAUGAUUUACUUAAUUUUUGCAAGGCUAAUCCUCAAUCUGUCCAGAUCUUGCAUUCAACUCUUACUGAGUUUUCCUUGACUUCAGGCCUUUCUAUCAACCAUAGUAAAUCCCGUAUUUACCUUGGUGGGUUGUCUGUUGAUGUUAAGGAGGAUGUGUUGAGCUGUAGAACUCAGUUAAUUCAGUCUAUCUUAAUGGGAAUUAGGAAUUAUUGGAUGAAUAUUUUUCUACUGCCUCAACAUAUGGUUAGAAAUAUUGAUCGUUUGUGUAGGAAUUUCUUGUGGGGUGUGAAGGGAACCCACAACAAAUUUCACCUGGCAUCUUGGGAAUUUGUCUGUCGUCCUAAAGCUUAUGGAGGGCUCGAGUUUAGAGAAGGGCCUGCUUGGAACAAGACUAUGAUUGCAAAGUUUUUCUGGGCCAUUUCCUUUAAGCAGGAUCAAUUAUGGGUGAAAUGGGUGAAUACCAUAUACUUAAAAGGAGUGCCAAUCAGGGACUAUAAAUUGAAACAAGAUGAUAGCUGGUAUUGGAGAAAAUUAAUCAAGCUGAGUCAUUUAGUGUCUGGAACUGAUUUGGAUGCUGCUAUAGUGCAUGGUCAGCUCAGGUUGGGCAAACUGUAUACUCAUUUUAUUUCUGGUGUUAAGAUUGAGUAUGGGCGUACAGUUUGGUGCAAGUUUUCAGUGCCUAAGCACCGGUUUGUUCUAUGGCAAGCUGUUAAUAAUCACUUACUCACUAGAGAUCUUCUCCAUAGUUCUCAUGUGAAUAUUACUUCCUUGAGCUGCCCUGUUUGCUACCAGUUGAAUGAAUUCCAUUCGCAUCUCUCUUUGAGUGCAUUUUCUUUGAGAAGCUCAGACAGACCAUUGCUAUCUGGUUGGGAGAUGUGA